UGAGGUUCAGCUGAUGUCAAAUCACUGCUGAUAUUCUGUACCCAUCCAAACCCUGAUAGAAGCAAAAAAAGUUCUGUUCCAAACACAGAUGUCUGAAUGAGAGAGUAUCAGCCAUGCUCAAUGUUGAAACCUGCUGGCCAACACUACCAGAACCACAACCAAGUCCAGUGAAGCAUGGCACGGUGCCAGUCUGUGCAGAA